GACUAUGAUUCUAUGAAUGAAGCUUCUCGGGUAAAAAAUGAGUUCACUUGGUUUAUACUUCAAAUUAAAAAUGUAAAAAAAAAAAAAUGGAACAAGAAAGGGAAUGUAGAAAAUCAGUCGUUGAAGCAAAGUGGCGAUUUCUUUCUCCGACUUGACAUCGUCUAGGGCAGGAACAUUUCUCCCCAGUGGUAGUAUAUACUUUCAUAUUGGUUUACCUGCAGAUUGUUUCUUUCCCAAACCAGUCGAAUUAGAAGCAGCUCAACUUAUUGAGGGGAGUCGUUCACUCGUCAAUUGAUUCGUAGGCUCGUCAUUGUUGAAGACUUCUCUUACGGGAAGGCGUCACAUUUGCAAGAAUCGAAUUUCAGUUUGGCAUGGCAGAUUACCCUAAAGACAGUUUCACCCAGCUCUUCAAGCGAUUCCGCAAUUUUCUCUCCGUCAAGAUAUCCAAUGAUACUAGAUCUGUUGGGGCCUUUGCUGGUCUAGCAUUUGCAGUAGUUUUUGCCUGGACACUGUUAAGAUCGCCUAGUGGGGCCCAGAGAAGACGGCCUAAGCCGCAAACUGGUGGACCAAGUACUUCCAGUGCAAGCAGUGAUGACAGAAACUCAGUUGUUACACCAACAACAGCUGCAAGUGUCACUCUGCCUGUAGGUUCAAGUAUCUCUGAAAAUCUCUCUCAGCCAUUAACACCAAUUUUGGGGAAGAUUGUGAGGAACAGGUUGGGUGAAGCAAGGAAGGUAACUUGUCGGUUACUUGGUGUGAUCCUAAAAGAAACUAGCCCAGAGGAGCUUCAGAACCAAGUAACAGUAAGGUCAUCUGUGCGAGAAGUGUUGCUCGAGAUUACCAAACACUACGAUCUUUAUCUCAUGGAGAGAGUUCUUGAUGACGAAACUGAAAAAAAGGUCCUUCUUGCAUUAGAAGAUGCUGAAGUAUUUACAUCUGGUGGCUUUGUGAAGGACAAGGUUCUGUUUUGUAGCACGGAAAUUGGACGGACAUCUUUUGUUAGGCAACUCGAACCUGAUUGGCAUGUAGACACAAAUCUUGAGAUUGUUUCCCAAUUAGCGAGAUUCAUAAAAAAUCAACUUUACAUUUCACCAAGUAAUACAGAGAAAGUGCCCUCCAAUGUUUCCAGUUCAACUUCCUUGGAACAGUUCUUUGGCUGUGCUUAAAGAAAGAAUUCGUCUAGAUGCAUUCGUGUUUGACUAGGAUCGAAUAAUGUACAACACUUUCAAAGACCAUGUAAGAUAUUAACGUAGCACUUUUACGGUUUCUGCUGGUGACUAACUAACUCUAUUGAUUGUUGAUCAAAUUGUAUGUUUAGUGUUUCUUUCUAAGAGGUUAUGGAGGAACUACACCUUGAUUUUGUCAUUUGGC